GACGGGGGCGCGACGAUGGCGUCGUCCGCGAGGCGGCGGCCGAGCCGCGGCCGCGGCGGGGGCCCGGAGCGGGUGGCGGAGAACUGGGAGCGCCUGGUGCGGGCGGCGCUGAAGCGGGACCGCGCGGGCGCCGGGUCCUCGGCCGCCGCGCACGGCGCGGGCGCGGGAGGCGUCGGCCUCGCCUCCGCCGUGCCGCCCUCGCUCGGCAGGACCACCAACAUCGAGCACAUCCUCCAGGCCGCCGACGACAUCGAGGACGACGACCCCAACGUCGCGCGGAUCCUCUGUGAACAAGCAUACACCAUGGCUCAAAAUCUGGAUCCAAGCAGUGACGGGAGAGGCGUUCUGCAGUUCAAGACCGGAUUAGCAUCUGUGAUCAAGCAAAAGCUCGCUAAGAAGGACGGCGCCUCCAUUGACCGGCAGAAUGACAUCGAGGUGCUAUGGAACUUCUAUUUGGAGUACAAGAGCAGGCGUCGUGUUGAUGAUAUGCAGCGAGAGCAGGAGAGAAUGCGGGAAUCUGGAAACUUUAGCACAGAGAUGGGAGCGAGGGCUGUGGAGAUGAAAAAGAUUUAUGCUACUUUGAGGGCUUUGCUUGAUGUUUUGGAAAUUCUUGUUGGACAAGCACCAACUGAUAGGCUUGGUAGACAAAUUCUAGAGGAGAUAAAGAAAAUAAAAAGAUCUGAUGCAGCCCUGAGAGGUGAACUGAUGCCUUACAACAUUAUACCACUUGAUUCAGCAUCCGUGGGAAAUGUUGUUGGGUUUUUCCCUGAGGUCAGGGCUGCAGUUGCUGCAAUUCAAAACUGUGAGGAUCUGCCACGGUUUCCUUAUGAUACACCACAGCUGAGGCAGAAGGACAUUUUUGACCUUCUUCAGUAUGUAUUUGGUUUCCAGGAUGAUAAUGUUCGGAACCAGCGUGAAAAUGUUACACUUACCUUAGCCAAUGCUCAGUCCCGUCUCAGCUUACCUAAUGAGACAGAACCGAAAAUCGACGAGAGGGCUGUUACAGAAGUGUUCUGCAAAGUUUUGGACAACUACAUAAAAUGGUGUAGGUUCUUGGGCAAGCGUGUUGCAUGGACCAGCCUCGAAGCAGUAAACAAGAACAGAAAAAUCAUACUGGUUGCUCUCUACUUUCUUAUUUGGGGCGAAGCUGCAAAUGUUCGCUUCCUUCCAGAAUGCCUAUGCUACAUUUUCCACAAUAUGGCAAAGGAACUUGAUGGGAUUCUUGAUUCAUCUGAAGCCGAACCUGCAAAGAGCUGUAUUACCAGUGAUGGUUCCACUUCCUAUCUAGAGAAAAUAAUUACUCCGAUAUAUCAAACGAUGUCGGCGGAGGCUAACAGUAACAAUGAUGGGAAGGCAGCACAUUCUGCAUGGCGAAAUUAUGAUGACUUCAAUGAAUAUUUCUGGUCGCGCUCAUGCUUUGAACUCAAUUGGCCACCUGCUGAGGGUUCCAAAUUUUUGCGCAAGCCUGCGAAGAGGAAGCGUACCGGAAAGACCAACUUUGUUGAACAUCGAACUUUUCUGCAUUUGUACCGCAGUUUUCAUCGCCUGUGGAUUUUUCUCAUAUUAAUGUUUCAGUGCUUAGCUAUUAUAGCCUUUCACCAUGGGAAGAUAAACCUUAGUACUAUUAAAGUAGUACUUAGCGCUGGACCAGCCUUUUUCAUCCUGAACUUCAUCGAGUGCUGCUUGGAUGUGCUAUUAAUGUUCGGUGCAUAUAAGACAGCGAGAGGUUUUGCCAUCUCAAGAAUAGUUAUCCGGUUCCUUUGGUUAGCUGCAGCUUCAACAUUUGUAACCUAUCUUUAUGUGAAAGUCUUAGAUGAGAAAAAUGCAAGAAAUUCUGAUUCAACUUAUUUCCGGAUCUAUGCGCUUGUUCUGGGUGGUUAUGCUGCGGUUAGGCUCGUAUUUGCUUUGUUGGCCAAGAUCCCAGCUUGCCACAGGCUAUCAGAUUUCUCUGACCGGUCACAGUUUUUCCAAUUUUUCAAGUGGAUAUACCAAGAACGAUAUUACAUUGGACGGGGACUUUAUGAAAGCAUAAGCGACUAUGCCAGAUACGUUAUCUUUUGGUUGGUCAUAUUUGCCUGCAAGUUCACUUUUACCUAUUUUCUCCAGAUUCGUCCUUUAGUUGAACCAACCAAUAUAAUUGUGCAACUCCAUGAUUUGGAGUAUUCCUGGCAUGAUUUUGUAUCAAAGGGAAAUAAAAAUGCUUUGACCAUUCUCAGUCUAUGGGCACCGGUUGUAGCUAUAUAUCUGAUGGACAUUCACAUUUGGUACACUCUUUUAUCUGCUCUUGUUGGUGGUGUUAUGGGUGCUAGACAGCGCCUUGGAGAGAUUCGCUCAAUUGAAAUGCUUCAUAAACGUUUUGAGAGCUUUCCGGAAGCUUUUGCGAAGACUCUUUCCCCACAAAGGAUAUCUAACAGGCCAGUUGCUCAGGAUUCUGAAGCUACUAAGAUGUAUGCCUCAAUAUUCUCCCCUUUUUGGAACGAAAUUAUCAAGAGCUUACGGGAGGAGGACUAUGUCAGUAACAGGGAGAUGGAUCUGCUUAUGAUGCCAAGUAAUUGUGGAAACUUAAGACUUGUCCAGUGGCCGUUGUUUCUUCUUACUAGCAAGAUCAUGUUGGCCAAUGACUAUGCAUCAGACUGUAAAGACUCCCAAUAUGAGCUGUGGCACAGAAUAUCGAAAGAUGAAUAUAUGGCCUAUGCUGUCAAGGAAUGCUACUACAGCGCAGAAAGAAUUCUUAAUUCCUUAGUUGAUGCUGAAGGGCAACGUUGGGUCGAACGUCUUUUUCGAGAUCUCAAUGAAAGCAUAACACAGGGUUCACUUUUGGUGACUAUAAAUCUGAAGAAGUUACAAUUAGUCCAAUCACGACUUACGGGCCUGACAGGGCUUCUGAUACGCGAUGAGACCGCUGACCGUGCAGCUGGUGUUACUAAAGCUCUACGUGAGCUCUAUGAGGUUGUUACCCAUGAGUUUCUUGCACCAAACUUAAGGGAACAAUUUGAUACAUGGCAAUUACUGUUAAGAGCUAGAAAUGAAGGGCGUUUAUUCUCCAAUAUUUUCUGGCCAAAAGAUCUGGAAAUGAAAGAACAAGUUAAGCGACUACACUUACUUCUGACUGUCAAAGACUCUGCUGCGAACAUUCCGAAAAAUUUGGAAGCUCAGAGAAGACUGCAAUUUUUCACCAAUUCUUUGUUCAUGGACAUUCCCGAAGCAAAGCCUGUCUCUGAGAUGAUCCCUUUCUGUGUCUUUACCCCAUACUACAGUGAGACGGUACUUUAUAGCAUGUCCGAGUUGUGUGUUGACAACGAAGAUGGCAUUUCUAUACUUUUCUACCUUCAAAAAAUCUUUCCUGAUGAGUGGGCAAACUUCUUAGAACGAAUUGGCCGUGGAGAAUCAUCGGAAGAAGAUUUUAAGGAGAGUUCAAGUGAUACCUUAGAACUGCGGUUUUGGGUAUCAUAUCGUGGCCAAACUUUGGCAAGGACAGUGCGAGGAAUGAUGUACUACAGGAGAGCUUUGAUGUUGCAGAGUUACCUGGAGAAGAGAUAUCUUGGAGGCAUUGAAGAUGGGUAUUCUGCAGCUGAAUAUAUUGACACUCAAGGGUAUCAAUUAUCUCCUGAUGCACGGGCGCAGGCAGAUCUUAAAUUCACUUACGUUGUUUCAUGUCAAAUAUAUGGACAGCAGAAGCAAAGGAAGGCUCCAGAGGCUGCGGAUAUUGCUCUUUUAAUGCAAAGAAAUGAGGCCCUUCGGGUGGCUUUCAUACAUGAAGAAGAUGGUGUAUCUAGCGACGGAAAUGCUAUAAAAGAGUAUCAUUCGAAGCUAGUAAAGGCUGAUAUUCAUGGAAAAGAUCAAGAAAUAUACUCCAUUAAACUGCCUGGGAAUCCUAAGCUUGGUGAGGGGAAACCUGAAAACCAAAAUCAUGCUAUAAUCUUUACUCGUGGAGAUGCAGUACAGACAAUCGAUAUGAAUCAGGAUAAUUAUUUGGAGGAGGCAAUGAAAAUGAGGAAUUUACUUGAAGAAUUUCGUGGUAACCAUGGAAUACAUUAUCCCACAAUUCUUGGUGUGCGGGAACAUGUGUUUACGGGAAGUGUGUCUUCGCUGGCGUCAUUUAUGUCGAAACAGGAAACUAGUUUUGUUACUCUGGGGCAACGUGUUCUUGCUUACCUCAAGGUUCGAAUGCACUACGGACAUCCUGAUGUUUUUGAUCGGAUAUUUCAUAUAACCAGAGGCGGCAUUAGCAAGGCUUCCCGGGUGAUCAAUAUAAGUGAAGAUAUAUAUGCUGGAUUCAAUUCAACUCUUCGCCAGGGCAAUAUCACGCACCAUGAAUAUAUCCAGGUUGGAAAAGGAAGGGAUGUUGGUUUGAACCAGAUUGCACUGUUCGAGGGGAAAGUUGCUGGCGGUAAUGGCGAGCAAGUUCUCAGUCGAGAUGUGUAUCGUCUAGGGCAGUUGUUUGACUUCUUUAGAAUGCUAACCUUCUUUUACACCACUGUUGGGUUUUAUGUCUGCACAAUGAUGACUGUUUUAACUGUGUAUGUCUUCUUGUAUGGGAGGGUGUAUCUGGCACUAUCUGGACUCGACCAUUCAAUAUCUCGCAAAGCUAGGUUCCUGGGAAACACUGCCCUUGAUGCUGCUCUAAAUGCUCAGUUUCUGGUCCAGAUUGGUGUUUUUACAGCCGUACCAAUGAUAAUGGGUUUCAUUUUGGAGUUGGGGCUAAUGAAGGCUAUUUUCAGUUUUAUUACAAUGCAACUACAGUUCUGCUCGGUAUUUUUCACGUUCUCACUUGGAACUAGAACACAUUAUUUUGGCAGAACAAUCCUUCAUGGUGGUGCCAAGUAUCGUGCUACUGGACGAGGUUUUGUUGUUCGUCACAUAAAGUUUGCUGACAAUUAUAGGCUCUAUUCUCGAAGCCACUUUGUCAAAGCGCUGGAGGUUGCUCUCCUGCUCAUUGUCUACAUUGCGUAUGGAUACACGAAGGGCGGGUCAUCAUCCUUUAUUCUGUUGACUGUCAGUAGUUGGAUCAUGGUUAUGUCUUGGCUUUUUGCGCCAUACAUUUUCAACCCUUCUGGUUUUGAGUGGCAAAAAACUGUUGAGGACUUCGAUGACUGGACAAAUUGGUUAUUUUAUAAAGGAGGAGUUGGUGUAAAGGGAGAAAAUAGCUGGGAAUCUUGGUGGGACGAGGAGCAGGCUCACAUCCAGACAUUUAGGGGACGUAUCCUGGAGACUAUCCUGAGCCUCAGAUUUCUUAUCUUCCAGUACGGCAUUGUGUACAAGCUUAAACUGACUGCACAUAAUACAUCUUUGGCAAUUUAUGGCUUCUCAUGGAUUGUACUUCUUGUUCUGGUCCUUCUAUUUAAGCUUUUCACUGCAACUCCAAAGAAGUCGACUGCCUUGCCGACUUUUGUUCGGUUCCUACAGGGCCUCCUUGCACUUGGCAUAAUUGCAGCAAUUGCUUGCCUGAUUGGGUUUACAGACUUCACAAUUGCUGAUCUAUUUGCAAGUGCACUAGCUUUUCUAGCAACUGGAUGGUGUGUUCUAUGUUUGGCCAUCGCAUGGAAGCGUCUUGUGAAGACACUUGGGCUCUGGGACUCCGUCCGAGAGAUCGCUAGGAUGUACGAUGCCGGGAUGGGCGCUGUUAUCUUCGCUCCCAUUGUGUUUUUCUCAUGGUUCCCCUUUGUCUCCACCUUCCAAUCAAGGAUCCUCUUCAACCAGGCUUUCAGCCGUGGUUUGGAGAUAUCUCUCAUCCUGGCGGGGAACAAGGCGAACCAGGAGUCAUGAAAAAGCCCCAUCUGCAAUCCAACCUGUGUGUUUUGUGUUGUAUAUUGCUGUAGUCAACUAGAGAACAGUAGGUUCGAAAGACAUGUACAUAGUGUCUCUAGUACUUGGGAGCUAAUGCCAGCUUUAGACGUGUGCAUAUUCGCCUCUUGCUUGUAGGUUUGAGUAGCAAGAUGUAAUUUUGAUCAUCUGGUGAGCAAGUUUGAGUAACUAGUUGCUAACGAUGAAAUCUUUCCUCAGAGCCAGUCUAUGGUUCCGAAAUGCUUAACUGUUCA